AUGAAGUUCAGCAAGAAAGUGGAUUUCGAAGGCUCCAAUAAAGAAUCGCCCACUGGUUCGGGUGGCUCCAUUGUUCUGGUAGUAAUCCUUGUCGUACUUUUGGCACCUUGUGUUGCUGUGCGUUUUGGUAAUAAGAAGACAAGAGAGGUUAUAUACGAUGACGGAACGAAAAUGCUGUUUCAAGCCACCGAAAACACUAACUGCGAAGCGCUUGAAUUAAACGGUAAAAAAGAUGAUUCCCACAGAAACCCUGGUGAUAGUGGAGUAACAACUGACACUGGUAAACACGAAAGGGAAGAGAUAGUUCCAAAAUCACGGCUAGCUCACGAAAGUCGUAAGGAACAGCAAAAUUGGCGAUGCGCUUGCGAAGGAGGCUUUCUGCCACCAGGGCUGCUCAAGUCUUUUGCCGGCGCAGAAGCAGUGAUGCGUAUGAGCUCUGGGCAAUGUUACCAUAAGCAAACGUAA